AUGCCGAUUCAAGCAUCAGAGAGCCCCGUUGUACCUCGUGUCCUCACGAUCGCCGGAAGUGAUCCUAGUGGUGGUGCAGGCAUUCAAGCAGAUCUGAAAACCUUUCUAGCGCUCCACACGUAUGGAUUGUCAGUGAUCACAUCUCUCACGGCCCAAAAUACGAUGGGUGUCACGAGCAUUCACACGCCUCCGGCCGCCUUUGUCAAGCAGCAGUUUGACACCGUGACAGAAGACAUAGAUAUUAAUGCGAUCAAGAUCGGUAUGCUCUCGAACGCUUCGGUGGUGUCGCAAGUGGCAGAAUUACUCAAGGAAUGGCGUCAGGCGAACAGCGGCCCCGUGGUGCUCGACACGGUCAUGGUGGCUACGUCCGGUGCCUUGCUCUUAGAGCAUGAUGCAGUGCGUGUGAUCAAAGAAGAACUGUUAAAGUAUGCUAGUAUUAUCACGCCGAACAUAUCCGAGGCCGUCCAUUUGUUGAAAGAGACGCAGUUUGCCUCGGUGGUCCCGACGUCCUCACCUACUCUAUCGGAUCUGCAGAGCAUGGCUAAGGCACUUGGCGAAUUGGGUGCGAAGAAUGUACUUGUCAAGGGUGGACAUGCAGCUAUGCCAUUGAGUUCAAUACGCUCGGAAUUACUCGCAAAGGGCGUUGAUGUGUUCGAUGAAGCUCUCGACUCUGAAGUGCAGGCGUAUGACCGUGAGCGGAAUGCGAGUAUUCUGCUUCGUUCUGAGUGUAAUACAACACUCUCGAAACUUGCAUUUGCUCUGAAUGCAUCUGUCUACUCCUUGAAUGGUGCCGACAUUUGCUUUACUCGUAGUGCCAGCGAUUUGAUGUGUCUGCACGCUCCCUGUGACUCGUACACGGCCGAUGUGCUGUAUGAAACGGAGCGCGGCCAUUUUACGAUUUUUAUCAAGCCGACCAUUCCAACAACAGCGACUCAUGGAACGGGCUGCACGCUUUCAUCCGCGAUUGCUGCCAUGUGUGCCCACGGCUAUCCUAUUCGAUUGGCCGUUGCGUAUGCGCUACAAUUUAUGCAGAGAGUCUUGGCAUCUGGUCUAGACAAAGUGGGACACGGACAUGGGCCAUUGAACCAUGAUGCGAAUCUCAUGUCGCGUGGCGUAGCUCUUCGAACCCCAUCAAAUCCUGCACCCCUCACGACGAUGCUCGCUUCUCGCUCAUGGAAGGCGUGGCGCUCGUAUACUCGGCAUCCGUUUGUACAACAGCUGGGCCAGGCAACCUUGCCAAAAGAGUCAUUAUGCUGGUUUAUGCUGCAGGAUUAUGCCUACCUGAAACAAUACGCGCGCGCCUUGUCCAAGGCUGUAGCCCACCCCGCUUCCAAUUUGGAAGAUAUGAAAUCAUGUGCUGCCAUGUCCAAAGCGGUACUAGAGGAGAUGCAGCUCCAUGUACGUGUAUGUGAGAGGCUGGGUAUUUCCUCCAAGGACAUGGAGUCCACCAUGGAGAGUCGUGCUACAGUGGCAUACACGCGCUUCUUCUUGGAUGUGGCAGAUGAGGGACUCUUGCCUCUUAUGAUCUCUCUUGCCUCCUGUGCCGUGGGAUAUGCAGAGGUAGGUUUGUGGCUCGAGAAAGAACGGGAUACAGGCAGGAUGCACCCCAGCAGCGUCUACAAUGAAUGGGUCUCUGAGUACGCAGGCGAUGCCUACCAAAACUCCAUUGCCAACUACGUGGAGUUGGUAGAAGACUAUGCACAGCGAAUCGCGGUAUCGGAGUCACAAGCGGCGCGUCUCCAACAGGUGUGGGAUGCUGCCACUCGUUUCGAAAUCGGCAUGUGGGACGAAGCCCUUAGUGUAGGUUCCCAGGCUUGA